UUCCCAUGAUUUCAUGUCAUUCUUCGGUGAUCAUCAAACCAUUCCACUACGAAAUAAAUAGGUACAAAAUGAAGUGGUCAAUUUUCUUGACAAUUUUGGCCCUAUAUCUGGCGUCAAGUUCCAGUAGUGCGGCCCUUCUCAAAAGUUAUGAAGGGUACAAAUUGCUGAGGAUAACAGCCCAAAACCAGAAGCAUCUCAGCGUCCUUUUGGAAUUACGAGAUGCGUGGGAAAACACGGAGCCUCAUCCAUCAGCACUUGUCAACUUCUGGAGCGAACCUGCCAUAAAUUUCCCCACGGACCUCAUGGUCACUCCCGACGCAAUUAGUAAAGUCAAUGAGAUUCUAGAGGGAAACUCCAUCCCUUACUCGGUCCAGAUGGAAAAUGUUGAAACAUUGGUGCAAAAUCAGCUCGCAAUGAACCAAGCAGCCCUUUCUGCUGCUCCUGGAGAUGAACGCAUUGGAUGGACGGCGUAUAAUCGAUAUGACGCUGUGAUGGAAUGGCUCGAUGAACUGGCAGCUAAUUACUCUUCGAUCGCAACCGUCGAAUCUAUUGGCCAGAGUACCGAGGGCCGAGAGCUCAAGCUUAUCAAAGUUGCAACUCCUGGGGGAGUCCCAAACAAGAAAGCGAUCUUCAUUGAUGGAACUUUCCAUGCACGUGAAUGGAUCUCACCUGCCGUGGUCACGUACAUUAUCAAUCAACUGGUCACCAACUCUUCCGCUUAUGCGCAUAUUCUCGAUAACAUUGACUUCUACCUCCUACCAAUAGUCAAUCCUGACGGUUACGAGUUCACUCACACAAGUCAGCGUCUGUGGCGAAAAACCCGAUCUGUUAUCAAUGGCUCCACUUGCCUUGGGGUCGACCCAAACAGAAACUUUGACAUUGACUUUGGGGGCUCAGGAUCGUCCACUUCUCCGUGCGCAGAAACGUAUCUGGGUACAGCUCCCUUUAAUAUUCCAGAGACUCGACUAUUGUCACAGUACAUUCGAUUGAAUUCAAACAAGUUCAAGGCAUACUUAUCCAUGCACAGCUACUCUCAAGCAUGGCUCACUCCAUAUGCAUGGUCCGCUAGUCCACCACCAUUUUUCAGUGAUAUUAUGUCCGUUGGUACCAAAGCCAUCGAAUCUUUACAGGCCGUCUACGGAACUCGAUACGUUGUUGGGCCUACCAGCACCACCCUCUAUUUCCAUUCGGGUGCUUCACAAGACUGGACAAAGGAUGUUACAUCCAUUAAAUACACGUAUACCGUGGAAUUAAGAGACACAGGUGAUUUCGGUUUUCUUCUCCCCCCGAACCAAAUUCUGCCCACAAGUGUGGAAACCUGGGCAGCAGUUCAAACAGUUGCUCGUGAAAUCAUGACAGAAAUUUAAUUAUCAAAAACACGACCUUCUUUUGAAGUUUGUAGAAAUUGGUGGAAAACUAAUAAAUUUAAUUGUGCAUAUCGUA